UUUGAACGCCAUGACCCUGUGGAUGGGAGAAUCACCGAGCGGCAGUUUGGGGGCAUGCUGUUGGCCUACAGUGGGGUACAGUCCAAAAAACUGACUGCCAUGCAGAAGCAACUCAAGAAGCACUUCAAAGAAGGAAAGGGCCUGACAUUUCAGGAAGUGGAGAACUUCUUUACUUUCCUGAAGAAUAUUAAUGAUGUAGAUACUGCAUUAAGCUUUUACCAUAUGGCUGGCGCAUCUCUUGAUAAAGUGACCAUGCAGCAAGUGGCCAGGACCGUGGCCAAGGUGGAGCUCUCGGACCACGUGUGCGAUGUGGUGUUUGCUCUCUUUGACUGCGAUGGUAAUGGUGAGCUGAGCAAUAAAGAAUUUGUUUCCAUCAUGAAGCAGCGGCUGAUGAGAGGCCUGGAGAAGCCUAAAGACAUGGGCUUCACCCGCCUCAUGCAGGCCAUGUGGAAGUGUGCGCAGGAAGCUGCCUGGGACUUCGCUUUGCCCAAGCAGUAACCCAGAACUGCAAGAGGGGCACCCCGCUACCCACGCACCCUAGACUUCCUUGAGCAGAGCCUGGGCACAGUCCUUUCUGCGACCGCUUCUGG